ACACCCCGGGUCCCGGCCAAUGGGCUGCCUGCGCGGCCUCCCACGUGCCCCUCCCCCUGUCCUUUCCCCCCGCCCCCUUCCGCGGCGCCCCUCGAUGACGGCGGCGUCUCUCGUCUCCUCCUGACUCUCUCAUUGUGGAAGAUGGCGGCCGCGGCGGAGUGAGCGCGCUCCCGGCAGCAGCAUGAAGCGGCAGAGCGAGCGCGGGGAGCCCAGUCCCGGCCGGGCCAAGCGGCUGCGAGAGCGGCGGGAGGAGGCCGGAGGCGGCGGCGGUCACCACAAGAGUUCCGGGGGCGGGCGGCGGGAGAGGCCCAGCCAGGCCGGAGCCUCCUCGUCAGCCUCCCGCCGGCCCCGGCCCCUGCUGUCGCCCAGCCCGGCCUCCGCCGCCGCCGAGCCCCCGGGCGGCCUGGAGUACAAGACGCUGCUGAUCAGUAACCUGGGCUCGGCGCUGCCGGAGCCGCUGCUGGAGGACUGGCUCUUCCGACACUUCCAGCGCUUCGGCGACAUCAGCGUCAAGCUCUCCCACACCCCGGAGCUGGGCCGGGUGGCCUACAUCAACUUCCGCCGGCCGGCCGAGGCCCGCCAGGCCCGACACGCCAAGCUGCGGCCCCUGCUCUACGACCGGCCGCUCCGCGUGGAGCCCGUCUUCACCCAGCAGCCGGCGGGGGCGGCCCGGAGGCCGGAGCCCGUGCCCCUGAGCGCCCUGCCCGCCGCCUACCCCCGCUCGGGCUCUCCCAGGCACCCGCUGCUGGCCCCAGCCUCCUCCUCCGCCGAGGCCUACUACAGCGGCCUGUACGAGGAGCGGGCCCGGGGCGGCGAGGACGAGCAGCUGGCCCCGGAGGACGACCACCGGGCCACGCGGAACCUCUUCAUCGGCAACCUGGACCACCUGGUGACUGAGGUGGACCUGCGGCGGGCCUUCGACAAGUACGGCCCCAUCGAGGAGGUGGUCAUCAAGCGGCCGUCCCGCAGCCAGGGCUCCGCCUACGCCUUCCUCAAGUUCCAGAACCUGGACAUGGCCCACCGGGCCAAGCUGGCCAUGAGCGGACGCCUGCUGGGCCGCAACGCCAUGAAGAUCGGCUACGGCAAGGCCAACCCCAGCACCCGGCUGUGGGUGGGCGGCCUGGGGCCCAACACCUCGCUGGCAGCCCUGGCCAGGGAGUUCGACCGCUUCGGCAGCAUCAGGACGGUGGACUACGUCAAGGGGGACAGCUUCGCCUACAUCCAGUACGAGAGCCUGGACGCCGCCCAGGCCGCCUGCACCCAGAUGCGCGGCUUCCAGCUCGGGGACCGCAGGCUGCGCGUGGACUUUGCAACGGUGACCCCCGAAGAAGCUGCUGCGGCGGCAGCCAGAUACGCCCCCGUGCAGCCCACCCCCUACCCGUUGCCCCUUCCCUAUGAACUGCUACAGUCUGAGGCUUAUAGCCGGCACCGGGCAGCCCUGGAGCCAGAUCUGAGAGUGAGAGAUAGGACUCCUCCCCACCUCCUGUACUCUGACCGGGAGAGGCCUUUCGUGGAGGCAGGGUGGGUGAACUCUGAGCGGAGAGCCAUUGGGCAAGCGGCACGGAGCAGGAGCGGAGACCGAGGGGGCCUGAGCAGCUCUAAGAACAGGGAGGAGAGGCGGAGGCGGCGCAGCUUGUCUGGAGAUAGAGGGAGGAAUAGACUGGAAAGGAGCCCUGAUCGCCCAAGGAGGGAACCUUCUGAAAGAGAACCAAGCACCCCACCAUCCCCACCACACAAUCAUAGGCCGCCACCACAGGAGAAGCCUCGUCCCCCAACCCCCGAACCACCCCAGCCCAGGAGAAACCACCACCCAAGACCGCCUGAGCCCCCUGCCGAAAGACAAUCUCCAGGGGUAGAGAAAGGACGGACGCUGCCGCCCUUGUGGUGUGGCCACCUGGUACUAAAAAACAGCUGUUUUCCAACCUACCUACACUUCUUGGAAGGGGACCGUGAUGUUCCCAGUGCCCUCCUAAGGGACCGCACUGCACCCAAUGGGGGAAGUUUGUCACAGCUCAAAAUUGCUCAGCGACUCAGGCUUGACCAGCCCAAGCUGGAGGAAGUCACCCGCCGGGUGAGGCAGGGCACUACCGGAGGCCAUGCCGUGCUCGUUGCCAGUCAGGCCCCACAGAACGAAGGGGCAGUCCCUGGGGAACCUGGCUUGCAGCGCCGCCUGCUCAGGAACCUGGUCUCCUAUCUGAAGCAGAAGCAGGCGGCCGGCGUCAUUAGCCUGCCGGUGGGAGGGAGCAGCAAGAGCAGGGACCCUAGCGGGAUGUUGUACGCUUUUCCACCAUGUGACUUCCACCAGUUGUACCAGCAGACUGCACAGCGCACUGUAGGCAAGCUAGAAGAGAACAUGAUCAUAGUGCUGAUUUCUGUGACUACUGCAUAUGAUGUUCUCACUGUAAACUUGUGUAAGCAAAUGUUCCUGCCCACACGUGUGGGAAUGUAUGUGUGGUAUAGGACACGUGUGACCCAUGAUCACCUGUAGCCAGCUCCAGGGUUCCUCAUUUCCCUCAUGCAUUAUUACAGUUGCAAUAUUCAGCAGCAUACUUCCAGAAUGUAUAGAGAAAAUGUCAAUAAAAGAUGUUGGAAUAAAGAGAGUGUGAGACAGA